CUUUGAAUAGGCUACAGCACUCAAGUCUAAAUUACUUUCAUUUUCCUUACGUCACUCCACAUAUCUUCCUGCUGUCUUCCUGCUCAUCUCCCGUUACAUCACAGGACUGGAGCUAUUUUGUAAACUUUUGUUUUUGUUUGUAUAUUGUUUGUUUUUUCAAAUUAGCCUAGUCUGUGACUUCAUGUUGAAAAAACGGCAGUGAACAUGUAUCCCCGUGUUCUGACCGAAGAUGAGUUAUUGCGCUGUUUCCAUCGGAAGAAGAAUGAAAUUUCGUGCAUAGACCAACCGCGUACUUUCCUUCGUCAAUUAAAAGAUUAUGACCUGAUAUCAGAGCAUACAUAUCAGAGAGUGGCCAAGAUGAAGAGCAAGGAGGAGACGCAGAGUGCUCUGUAUGAGAUGCUGGAGGAACUGGAGAGGGACAAGCCGAAAUGUGUGAAAUUCUGGUCAUGUGUCUUUAAAGAACACAUGUUGAAGGAGUACCCAGUAUUCAGACAUCUGAAGGACAUUUUCACAUGUGGGUCUUUGAUAAAACUCUCCAAAAAGCAUUCAAAGCAAGGCAGCACGAGCAGACAGAAUGACACAGAGGGCAAGAAUAAAGACAAUAGAAAAGAGAAGAAUGCGAGGAUGGAGAGUGGCCUGAGGAGAAAUAAAGACGGGAAAGAAAAGCAGGUGAAGACAGAGAUGGAGGAGAUGGAGAGAAAAGUCAGCAGCAGUGUGAAGAGGGAGAAGGAAGGCAGAGCAGGGCCUUCUCAGGGUGAGAUCAGCGGGAAGAAGAAAUUCAAACCAAAGCACUCAAGUCACCUUGGCUCUCCAUCCUCCAAGCCCUCCCGUUUUACCUCAGGCUCUCCUCUGAGAAAGCCAGGGAAAGAGGACAAGUGGAGGAAGUGCUCACAAAAAUCCCUGAUACCUGUCACCUGUGGGGACAAGAGGGGUGUUCUUGACACAAGAAAACUGGCUAGAGGAGAGAAGUCCUUUAUUCUCGCGGAUCAUCAGUGGUACAGUGGUACGGCUUUUGAGAGGCUGGGUGGCAGAGAGCGGUGUAAAAACUGGAAGACAAGCAUACGCUACGGAAAGACAUCUCUCAUGAAGCUCAUACAGGCAAACCUCCUAAAGUGUCCCACACAUCAAAGGAGAUCAGCUGCCAAAGUGCAGGCUCCUUCACUUAGUGUACGCACCAGUACAGACUCCAUAUCCCCAAGCAAGAAGGCUUGUUCACCACCAUACACCAGAACGGACCCUGCAACACCCAGAAAGACGGUCCAAAUGAGAAUAGACGGUUUCCUUGCCAGCCCCGAGAAGCGGGACACAAAUGGCCCCAGCCAGUACUGCAGUGGGAAGGAGGAGUACAGAAGCAAGGUACAUGUCAAGAGAGAGGAAGAAGAGAAGAGGGAGAAAGGAGAGAAGAAAGAGAAGAAGAAGAAGAAAAGAAGGCUGAUGAAAUCUGAAAAGUGGGUAUUAGCAGACGCAAGCGGUGAGCAUGUCACCAAUAGUGAGGAGUUCACACCCAUGGAUGAAGGAAGUACUGUGUCAAGUGUGGCCCACUCAUCAGGAUACAGCGCAAAGACCACUUCACUUCAGAAGGAGCGAAACAAUGAUGGCCGCUGUUUCACCUGUGGUAAGGGAGGAGAGCUGCUUUUUUGUAGUGAGUGUCCCAAGUCUUUCCACAAAAGCUGCCACCUCCCCUCUCCAUCAUCGGCUGUGCCUGGGGAAGAGUGGCUGUGUACAUUUUGCAUUUGGGCGAAGUGCCAGACGUGGCGUUACUCUGACCAGGCCCCGGUGACCGAGACACAGGUGCUGGGCAGCACCAUCUCCAGCUAUGAAAUGCAAUGUCAGUAUCUUCUCCUGUUUCUAUUCAACGCUGAUAAGAAGAGAGACUUCACCACUGAUCCUUGCAAAACUGCGCCAAACUACUCAUCAGUGGUGUGCCAGCCCAUGUGGCUGAGGAAGAUUCGGGAGAGGCUGCAGAGUAGGUACUGUCUAGUGGGGGAGUUCAUCUCAGACAUACGCCUCAUCUUCACCAACCAUGCCCUCUACAACAAGGAGAAUCCAUCGAAAGAACAUGGUAUGAAACUCAGUAAGAAGUUUGAGAAGGAGUUCUGCGUUGUCUUUAACGUAGGCCUACAAGAGAAAAUUACAGACAAAAAAGACAAAAGGGAAGACCACCAUCAUUCAUGACCACAGUAGCAGCUGGAAGGUAAGAGAGGAACAUUGGACAAAUGUUGGAGAUGUAGAACAAAAGACUUGAAUGCACUUCCGCACUAAACGCACUCUGUAUGUUCCUGAUUAUGUCCUCAUUUGUAAAUUGCUUUGGAUAAAGGGUGUAUGUAAUGUAAUGCAGUGUAAUGAAAGAAAGCAGAGAAAGACACCGGAUUAGAGAAAACAUUGCAAAAGACCUGCUCUCAGACAUUCAAAAUGUAGCCUAAAUGAGAUUGACACAGAAGCACAAAAUUGUCCCUGUCCAUCUCUAAAAUCAGAAAAGCAGUUGGUUUGUUAACAUGACUGGACUAUAUAGCUAUCGGGCAAGCAACAUGGGGCAUACUCGCCAAACGUUAUCCCUUACAUAAAAAGUAUUUGCAACCGCUUACAUAUUAUUAUGAUAACUGUCAAAGUGAAUGGCUGUUUGCUUUGUCUUUUUUAAAGGGU